AUGAAGAAACAGAUUAUGGAACAGAUGGACAUUGAUCACAUAGUUGAUGUUCCCGACACUCCUGAUAGGUUAACGACGCAGAGGAUCAAGGGUAAAAACAUUAUUGAGGUUGAGAAUCAUAGUCUAUCACCACCCCUCUAUCCACAAAAGCAGAAUGUUAUCAAAGAUGGUUCUAAAGAUCAACCGAUGAUUGUCGAUAGUGGAAGUCGAGCUCUAUCCCUGCGGCCUAAAAAAUGCAUUAGCAUCUCAAAUAGUCCUCGAUGUCCAGUUAAUUCUACAAUUUCUUCAUUUUCAAGUUCAUCUCCCUUGAGAAAUGCUAGCCUAUUCCAGAAAGGAGCAACAGAGAAGAACUCCAGUUACCGUAGUCAUGAUUAUAUUAAUAAUCACUCUCAACAGUCGUUGAGGCCAUCUUGUAUUCCUGAAUCUUUUAGUCCCGAUGAUAGUUUUGUGGAUUUGACUGGAAAAGACACAUGUGGACCCGUUAUUGGGAAAUCUAAUGUGAGUUCUUCCGUUGUUAGCCGGACGAAUUUUCUAACAGCAUCACAUGCUGGUGCAAAAAUGGAUGUGGGUGGAGUUGGUUCAAGUAAUGCUGUUCGUGGAGAAGUGGGGUUUAUUGGCAAUAAUGUUCAGGAGAAACCUGGUAGUGGUUUUCUAUCUCGUGAUGCUGCUGCCCCACCUAGAAUAAAUAAGCAAAAGAGACUGGUUAGAAAUGGAUGUAUAUCUCCAAAUAACAUAGCUAAGAUCAAGCAGUUGGAUGGAAAGGAUAGCAAUAGCUCUAUAAGUGUUGGACAUGAUAACAAUAGCUCCGUAGCCAGUGCACACAAUAAUAAUGGGUCAAUAGCUUUUGCACAUCGUAAUAAGAGCUCUAAGCCAUCUUGUCCACAACCGGUGCCAUUUGAUAUCAGGGAAUUGGUUGCUGACGACAACGAUGCUUAUGUAAGAAAGGGCAAAGGAGUGGUGACUCAUUCUUGCUCAUCAAAGGAUGAUUCUAGAAGCAAUGCUUUGCAUAGCAGGAGCUCUAUGAAAUUUUGUGAAAAGGCUAUUGGACCAAGUUCUUUCAACAUUGGCGCUGGUAAAAACUCUGACAAACCAGGUGGAUGGAGAAGUACUCAUAAUCGGUCGAGCGAAAUGAAUGUAUUGUCGCCUGAUGAGGAACUGUGUGUGGUUCGAGAAAAGGCGCCCCUAAGAUAUUCUAGCCAGCAUCAUGUGAAUAAUUUGGAAAGAAGCAAAAAAGGAGUUAGCGUCACAGUUGGUGAUAAUAAAGGCAAAGACUUCAUCUCUUUAGAGCGUUCUUACCCUCCACAUUCAAAGGAAUCAUUCUUCCAUCACCAGGCUCGACCAGGCCAACUAAAUGGAUCUAGUUCUACUGCAAACACUCUAAUCAAGAGGCAGAAACAGGGAUUGGCCUCAAGUAGUCGCGAAUGUUCUACAUCGGUCUCUGACGAUCCAGAAGUUGUGUUACUUCCAACGUCUACUUAUCAUAAUGCGAACAACUUAGAGCAAAUUAUUGAGGUUGCUGAGUUAUCUCCACAAUUGAAACACAAUGCUUGUGAUGAUGAUGUUGCUAGGGCAAGACAGGUUGAAGCAGAUGAAGCUUUGGCUCGUGAACUUCAAGAACAGCUUUACAGCGAACUGCCUGUUUUUGGAGCUGCAGAGGUUGAUGAGCACAUUGCACUGGCAUUGCAGCACCAGGACAAUUCAGUCCGUGGGCCUGCUCGGUCAAGAAACCACAUAUCCAGUGCUAGUGCAUCAAUGUUGAAUUUGCAAAGACAAUCGAGGGGUCGGUCUUCCUUGAGUGGUCCUCGCAGGGGGUCUGUAGCUAGGUCUGCUUCAUCAGGGAGAUUGACAAGGCUGAGGAGUCGUUUUCCUGGACAAGCCCGUAGAUUAGUAUAUUCUGGAGACUCAUCUUCCAUAUUCCCUGAAGACAUGGAUGUUGAGAUGAGAAUGCAUAUACUGGGAGCGCUAGAAGAGUUCAAUGACAUGGGAUUGAGCCUCGGCAUCAAUGACAUUGGAUUGAGUGCUGGCAUCCUUCAAGUUCCGCGUGAUUUCAAUGAGAAUGAUUAUGAAAUGUUACUGGCUCUCGACGACAACAAUGAUCAGCACAGUGGUUGUUCCGUCCAUCAGAUUAAUGGCCUCCCGCAAUCAAAAGUUCAUACUGAGAAUUUUGAUGAAACCUGUGCAGUUUGUCUGGAGACUCCCACAAUUGGUGAUUCAAUCCGCCAUCUGCCCUGUUUACACAAAUUUCACAAAGAUAUCUUCACUUUCUCCACGAGAAGGCUAGGGUUUUGGCUAUUUUUGGACGCCGAGAUGGCCUCACCCUGUCCCCGGGUAGCAUUCUUAGCGCCCGAUCCAUCAACAACCGCAACAUCCACCGUGUCUGAAGACACGUCCGAAGUUUUCUCCGCCUUCCUCAACACGUCGUUCAGAUCGGCGGUAAAAACGCGAUGGAUCCGUCGUGCUUCAUCUGCUCGGUGGCAAACUUCAGGGAAGACAAUGAUUUCACGCCGUUUCGAGGCCGACAGCUUGUAG